GAUGUUGUACGGUCGGAGGUUGCGGCGAGGGAGAUGCGUCUCGCUGAGCUGGAUGCACGAAUUGGCGAUGCGAGUGCGCGAGAGGAAAUGCUUGCGCAGCGGCUGGAAUCGCUGGAGGUGGAGCUCGAGGACGUUUGCGAAGCGAAGCGAAUCGUUGAGUCAUUAAUGGAAGGGCUGACGAAGGAAUUUGAAACGGCCGUUGUGAAUGCGGAGGAUGCGGAGGAUGCGAUGCUGCGCCAUGUGGAUCGUGCGGAGGAGCUGUUGCGCCUUUCCGAAGCCGAUGCCGUGUCACGCGAGGCGGCCACGAUUGAGCGGAUCCACCGAAUGACUACAUCAUGUGUGGGUGUAGGCUGUGACGAUGGGUUGCUGCAGUCGUAUGAAGGGAGAAUCGCUGCUGUGGUUGAUCUUUUCACCCAGUUGAUUGGGAGGAAGUUGGAACUGCUGCUGGGGUCCUUGGCGCAGUGCCUGUGGAGCGUGACAUCGAAGCCUUCUGGGAACGUGCUGCAGUGGUCUGAUGUAUUGUAG